CCUGCCGGUGCCGGUUCUCGGCAGGCCCAGGCUCCCAGCAGGGGCCGAUGGGAAAGCAGUGACCUCACCGGAUCUACGUGUCACGAAGUGUGUCCCCGGACCAAUGAAAGGGGUCGGUCCGUGGUCGCUAGGAGACGGCGGCGUCGGCCCGAGUACCCGCUGGUUGGAGAAGUUGGGCCCAGCUGGCGCACCGCACCGCACCGCACCGCACCGCACCACACCGCACCGCACCGCACCGCACCGCGAGCUAGGCCCGUCGGAGAAAGCGCAGUCAAGGCCCAGCAUGCCGGGGAAAAGGAGCCGUCGAGCGUCGUCCAGUGGCCGGAGGCGGACCCGCUCCCGCACUGCCCGAGCCGAGCUGUCGUUCUCCGUGAGCCUCGUGGAGCGUCUCCUGAGAGAGGGCCACUACGCCCGGCGCCUGGGCUCGUCCGCACCGGUCUUCCUAGCGGCCGUCAUCCAGUACCUGACGGCCAUGGUCCUGGAGCUGGCAGGCAACGAGGCCCAGAACAGCGGCAGGAGCCGCAUCACCCCGGAGCUCGUGGACAUGGCCAUCCACAACAACGCGCUGCUCAGCGGCUUCCUCGGGACGACGACCAUCUCCCAGGUGGCCCCGGACUGGGACUAGCUGCCCAACGUGACCCGGGUUCUCGGGCCUCGGCCGGCCAGUCAGGCCUGCUCACCGCCCGGGCAGCCCCGGCCUGGCUGGUGCCUUGGGCAAAGUCCUGGACAGUCCAGAAAAGUGGGGCAAGGAACCCACGUGUCGAAGCAAUAAAAACGAACGAAAGAAAGAACCCCAUGUGUGUGCUUCAGUCGCUUUGUGUGGGACGUCGUUGGG